AUGGCUACCCUGUCCAGUCCGGACAGCGACGAUCCGCUAGGCAUUGGCCGAAAACUAGGAAUGCAUCACCACUGCCCUCACAUCGUCAUCAGUGGUAGCAGCAGUAACAACAACAACAAUAACAACAACAACAGCAAGAACUACCAACACGAUCCUCUGGCACACAAGCAUGUAGAGGAGAACAUCGAGACCUUUCUGGAAACCUUCAAACAUAAAACCUGGUGCGUGGACUCCAGCAAAGGCGGUCUGCUCGACCGGCGGCCGAGUUCCGACUCCGGGGACUCCUCCACUGGCUGGACCAGCUCAGCCAUUUCAACCACCGAUGACCUGUCAACGGACAGCCCAGAACGGGACACGGACGUGGCGCAGACGUCUUCCUGGCACGACCGCGAAGGGAUAAUAGCCGAGAGCAGACGUAUUGCUCGAUGGGCCUGGCGUCAGGCGAGGUUUGCAGGCAGCCAAGAGACGCCUUGUGCCUGUUCCUACCACCCUGCCAGUAAGUGA